GGGGUCACCUCAGAACUUACAUUUAAUAACCUGCCACAAAACGGAGUAAAGGACACUCAGCUUUUAAAUAUUUACAGAACAGGGAUUAUUUCUGCACCCAACAGUCAUGGAGCUGCUGACGGUGGCUCUCGCGCUUCUACUAUUGGCGUGUUCCCGCGCCGGAGCAGGUGCGCGUGUCCGCCUGAACUCUGUCAGGACGGUGAUUCUGAGAGACAAGCACGCGCCGACGGUCAACAGGAGCACGUGGGAGCCGAGCCUGGACCUGACGCUUUAUCAGUGCAUGAGCGACCUGGAGUGCAGGGAGGGAAGCUACUGCCACGCCCCCUCCAAAGGCCCCGCCCACUCCCGUUGUAAGACAUGCCGGAAGAGGAAAAGGCGCUGUCUCAGGGAUGGCAUGUGUUGUCCGGGCAACCAUUGCAGCAAGAAUGUGUGUGUGCCUGACAUGGACACUUUUGUGUCUCAGCAGAUCCCGGACUCAGAUGGAGGAAUGAGUCCAAUAGCAAGGAAGAAAGGGUGGAGGAGGAGGGACAGGAUGGACAUCAAAACGCCCUCUGGAAAAGGUCAGGUGGGCGACCCCUGCCUUCGCUCCUCAGACUGUUCUGAAAGCCUGUGCUGUGCUCGUCACUUCUGGACUCGCAUCUGUAAGCCGGUGUUGCAGGAGGGACAAGUUUGCACACGGCACCGACGGAAGGGACACCACGGCCUGGAGCUGUUCCAACGCUGCCCGUGUGGAAACGGACUGAGCUGCCAAAUGCUACGAGAACCGGACGGCAGGCCUUCGGCGCUGGCACCUUCAUCGUUCUCAGUGUCCUCAUCUUCCACGCUGUUAGCUGCGGCGGCAAAGUCCAAGUUUGCACAGUCGUCUUCUUCAACCCGACACUCGUCUCCUCACUCAUCGCUGCUGUUUUCUUCCUCGUCUCCAUCGUCAACAGCGGCCAAGACGAGACUCCACGUCUGCCAGAGGAGCUGAGACUGAAAUAAAGCAUGGAUUAAGGUGUGAGGGAAGGAAAGGAAAGACCUGAGCCCAAUCCCAUUUCACGUCUUGGCCCUCCCCCUUACCCCUACCCCUCCAAUCUGUAGGGGUGUUACCGAUUCUUGAAGAGUCGAAGGGGAAGGGCUAAGAGAGAUCUUUCAGGACCACACUACA